ACUCUGUAACACGAGACGAAUCGUCCGUUAUAAAUUUUAAAAUUGGUCAUAUGAAUCUUUAAUACAACCCAGUGGAGCUGGCAGGGUGAGAGAGUCCAAGUCUGGUAGCAGAUCGGUAAACUAACUAUGGCGGUGACGAGGGAAUCGGCGAUCCAGACGUUGAACAGCAUCGUGCAGCUCCAUCUGGAGAAGAUAAUGGAGAAGAAGCGGGAGAUAGACGCGCAGAAGAAGGAGUUGUGGCGCCUCUUCCAGCUCUUCUUCCUCUUCCUAGCGGUGGUGCUGACGGCACAGAUGGUGGCGCCGCCGGCCCGCCUCCGGUGCCGGCACUCAUGGGUCCCAAUCGGACUCCUCUCACUCGCCCACCUAGCCUACUACGUGGCCGUCGCCCAGACCCUGCGCUGCGUCAACGGAUUUAAGUACCAGCGCCGCUGCCACAAGCUCACCCUCGCACUCGCCACCGACCGCCUCAAGCUCUUGAGGAUGCGAUUCACGUCAGCCGCGGUGACCGGAGCAGAACCGCCGCCGGUGCGAACCGGAGACUUGGAAGUCCACUAUCAGGAAGCACCGGAGAGCUACCUGGGAAAGUUCAGACGCAGCUGGGCCUUGCACUUCGGAUUCCUCGUGUGCACCUACGGCUUCGUGGUCUCCGCCUCCGUCGUCCUCCUCUGCUUCUAACUACUGCCGUAAGAGUUCGGUAGAGUGGAAUCAAACCAUGCUUCUUGGCAUGGUUGGUUCCUGGCGUUUGGUGGGUGCACAUGGCGUAAUUAUGGCAAAUUUGGUUUAGUAGGUUUGUGCUGUCUGAUAAAGAACUAAUUAAUUCCGGUCAAUAAAUAGUUACUUUACCGAUAC